CUACGGGACAAGAUGAAGAAAAAUCUCCUCCCGCAGUCAUGGAGUGGCCUCUUUAGGAAAUGGAGGAGGGGCGAUGGUGCAACUCACCAGAAUUUAACAGAGAGGACUAUCCUGCCCAAUGGAACUCGGGUAAGCCCACCCGUGAGUCCUCAGCUGCAACAGAGGUACUGGGACCAACAGGAUUCCUUAAGAUCCAGCAAGAGUUCCCAGAAGCCGUUGUUAACUGACAGCCCCACAGGUUACUCCCAAGCAGAAGGUCAGGACCCUCUUGAGGGAUCAGAGUUGACCAGUAUCCACCCAGCCCAGUACUACGCAGAGAAGCUUGAGGUCUACCAGCAGAAAUAUUCCUAUAUGAAAUCGUGGCCAGGAUUGCUGAGACUUCUAGCCGGCAUCCAGCUCCUAUUUGGAGGCAUGGUGUUUGCAUGCGUGUGUGCCUACAUCCAGAAGGAUAGCGAAUGGUAUAACCUGUAUGGUUUCCAGGGUCCCAGUUACAUAUAUGGUGGAUAUGGGACAUCAGGGUACUACUAUAAUGGCCCCAUGACCCCAUUUGUGUUAGCAGUGGCUGGUCUGGCAUGGCUUGUGACUGUCAUUCUUCUGGUGCUGGGAUUGACCAUGUACUACCGCACCAUCCUCUUGGAUUCUCACUGGUGGCCCCUCACAGAGUCUGUCAUUAAUGUGGCCGUUUUCCUGCUCUAUAUGGCGGCUGGAAUUGUUUACGUUAAUGACCUCAAUCGCGGGGGGCUGUGCUACUUGACAAUUGGUUUCAACCCUCUUAUAUCCACCCUCUGCCGGGUGGAAGGAGGACAGAUGGCCGGCACAGCCUUCAUAUUUAUUAACAUGCUCAUGUACCUCAUCAGCUUUCUGGUGUGCCUGAAGAUGUGGCGGCAUGAGGCAGCACGCCAAGCUAAAGAGGCGCUGGAGAAGGAGUUACAUCCACCUAAUACCACGGUCCAGUCUAAAUCCAAGAGAAUUAUUUUUGAGGAUGAGAUGGAUCAUUCUAUGAGGACAAGCAAGAGGAUACAUUUUUCAGAAGACCCAGGCACCUUGAACAGAGCCAUUCCUACUGGUUAUGUCCCAAAGCCUCAAGUCAUUGCAGACUACAUCAUGAAGUAUCCUGAAAUCCAUUCGGUGGAGGACAGGGAACAGUAUAAAGCUGUCUUUAAUGACCAGUACCAGGAGUAUAAGGAGCUACACUGUGACAUCAAUGCCACAUUGAAGAAAUUCAGCGAGCUGGAUGCCAUGAUGGGCAAGCUACUCAGUGAGAUCAACAGCUAUGAGGAGCAGCGGAGGAUUCAACAAAUAAUGAGGAAGUACAAUGAGAAAAAGAAUGAUCCUGCAUUCUCAGAAAAAAGGGAACGCUAUGAGUACCUGAAAGCUAAACUCAAACACAUCAAGAGCAGGAUCCAGGAUUUUGACCAGGAUUUUUACAUGGAACCUGAAGAAAGGAAGGGCCAGCACCUGAGGAAACAGCCAACAUAACACACAUGGGAAGCACAGAAUCCUUCCUCUCUAGUGUGCCUGUCUUUUUAGAGGAAAUCUCUGUUCAGUUGGUGAACGGAUGAGAUGUGUACUCCAGUACUCCUGUUGAUUGACACCUGCUUAUUGACAGAAACAUUUUUAUUCGAUUCACUUUUGUACUUCAUACUGAAUACCAUAGGGCAAUACGUUUAUUAAACAUAUACAUAUGAUUUUAUUCAGAUAUGCAUGUGUGAUGGUAGAAAUACUUGCUCUUGCUUUAUUCCAGAUUUAUUUUAUCAUUGACCAAUUUGGUAAGGUACACUUUUUCCUGCAUAAGAAGCUAAUGUAUAUGUUUUUCAUCCACUAGUAACAGUUUGCAAAAGGUGGUUUCAAAACACAGACCAGAAUGAACCCCUGAUGUCAUUAGACAGAUCAUUGUGUAGGCUAUAUACUGGAGGAAUCUCAAAGCUUCAGUGCCUGAAAACACAUAUCACCAGCCAUGGGACAUGGUUACGGGGAUGCAAAUAUAUUUUUGCAAAGUCUAUGUGUUUGUUUAUCAUGUGAGCUUUCACACUUUAAUGUUCAGAUCUUCA